CUGCCUCACUCCCUCCUCAGUUCUUACUUCCCAGCCUCUCCCUCCUGCUAUAGAAAAGACCACAAGGAACCAGGACGCCCCAUCAAAGCCUUCGCAAAACUUGCAGCGAAUAGCGGAAGGGGAUCUUUCUCUCUCUCCAUCUCUCUCAUGUUUCCAUAGUACACGCUGUUUCGGAGUCCCCACGCGUUGCUCCACUCGAUCGAUUUACGCAACAUCGGGUUCGAACGAAGGUCACACUCUUUUCCUCUAGAGUUCUACAGGCAUUACUUUCAUUUUCGGUUCUAAUGAGCAGGUCUGUGAGCAUCUGGGGCGCCAUGAGAAGCACCAUCGUUUUCAGAUUUCUUGCUCUCUUUUUGCUUCUCGUCGUUCCCUUCGUCAAUGGUGAGGACCCCUACAGAUUUUACACAUGGAACGUCACUUAUGGUGAUAUCUACCCACUUGGGGUGAGGCAGCAGGGGAUUUUGAUCAAUGGGCAGUUUCCGGGACCGGAGAUCGACUGUGCUACCAAUGACAACAUCAUUGUUAAUGUCUACAACAGCCUUCCGGAACCGUUUCUUAUUUCCUGGAACGGCUUGCAACACAGGAAGAAUUCAUGGGAAGAUGGAGUCUAUGGCACAAACUGCCCCAUACCACCUGGGAGAAACUUCACAUACAUAAUGCAGGCCAAGGACCAGAUUGGCAGCUUCUUCUACUUCCCUUCCUUAGCUUUCCAUAAAGCUGCCGGCGGCUUCGGCGCAUUCAGGGUCAGUAGCCGGCCGCUCAUUCCCGUCCCCUUCCCCCCGCCGGCCGGAGAUUACACCGUUCUCAUUGGUGACUGGUUCAAAGCCAAUCACACUGAUUUGAAAGCAAUUCUGGACAACGGAGAAAACCUGCCAUUUCCUGAUGCCGUUCUCAUCAAUGGUCGCGCCGCCAAUGGCAUGUAUUUCACUGUUGAUCAAGGCAAGACUUACCGGUUCCGGAUCUCGAACGUCGGCCUGACGACAUCGCUCAAUUUCAGGAUCCAGGGCCACACCAUGACCUUGGUCGAAGUCGAGGGCUCGCAUACCAUACAAAAUACGUAUUCUUCAUUGGACGUACACCUCGGACAAUCGUACUCGGUGCUGGUGACCAUGGACCAGCCCGGCAAGGACUACUACAUGGUGGUCUCCACAAGGUUCACCACCCCGGUCCUGACCACCACAGCCAUUCUACAUUAUAGCAACUCUGCCGGUGCAGUGUCCGGCCCACCACCGGGCGGCCCCACCAUUGAGAUUGACUGGUCACUCAAUCAGGCCAGAUCUAUACGAUGGAAUCUGACUGCAAGUGCAGCAAGGCCAAACCCACAAGGAUCUUAUCAUUAUGGAUUGAUCAAUACAACAAGAACUAUCCAACUGGCAAACUCAGCACCGGUCAUCAAUGGCAAGCAGAGAUACGCUGUUAAUGGCGUAUCAUUCGUUCCUGCAGAUACACCACUGAAGAUUGCUGAUUUCUACCAGAUUGCUGGAGUUUUUACUCUUGGUAGUAUUGCUGAUUAUCCAAGUGGAGGUGGUGCCUAUCUUCAGACAGCUGUAAUGGCUGCCGACUACCGAGCAUACGUUGAGAUUGUGUUCCAAAACUAUGAGAAUACGGUCCAGUCAUGGCACAUUGAUGGUUACUCGUUCUUCAUUGUCGGAAUGGACGGAGGUCAAUGGACUCCUGCAAGCAGGGAAGGUUAUAAUCUCCAAGAUGGCAUCUACAGAUGCACAACGCAGGUAUACCCACAGUCAUGGACUGCAGUAUACAUGCCUCUGGACAACGUGGGGAUGUGGAACAUAAGAUCAGAGAACUGGGCCAGGCAGUACUUGGGACAGCAGUUCUAUCUCCGGGUCUACACUCCUGCACCUUCAUACAGAGAUGAGUAUCCCAUCCCAAGAAAUGCGCUCUUAUGUGGCCGGGCAGCCGGUCGCCGGACCAGACCUCUGUGAUCACAAUCAUCGGUGGUGCUCAACUCAAAGCUGUCGUCAUGAAAGGAUGACGAUUUACUGAAAUUAUGCUUCUUCCUUGGUGCUCAACUCAGAGUUGUUGUCUAAGCAGAGUAAUUUUGAUAUUCUUCAAUUAUUCCUUUCUCCAUUAAUAUAAAUCCUAAGAAGUAAAAUCCUUGGAUAUGUAUCUGUAUGAGGACUUAGCACGAUGACCACAUCUAGAAAGCUGUGGCCUCGAUUCUUGUAGCAUUGUUGGGGUAUAUUGGCUGUUGUGAUUUUAUAGAAAAAAUAGAAUAAAGAUUCAAAUC